AUGCAAGCUCUUUUCGGUUGGAUCCAGAAUUCUUUGGCAGUCAAAUUGCCCAACCUUGCUAGAUCCGGGAAUUCAGCCCCUAGCCAGACGACCUUCGACCAGAGUAAAGGUCUAGCAUCGCUCUUCCCAACUGGCGUACCGACUACGAUGGAGCAGUCGGCAUCGGCGCAACAGCACUUCCUCGAGCGCAUCAGGACGGCACCAGAUCUUCAACAAGCACGUUUAUAUGGCAACGAGCUGGCAAGUUUCCGCCCCCAUGUUGAGAGUGUGCUGGUCAACUUGAAAGCACAGGGUUUGGGUUGCACUUGCAGAGGCGACAAUGGCCACCAGUAA